GUCUACAUUGAGACUACAGUUGAUAUGCCUACCUCCUGAGACACUAGUGUGUGAGUCUCCUCCUGGGCCCCUGGGCAAAUGGUUUUGGCAGCAUGACCAAGGCCUAAUGGGGCUGAAGGCAAGUCCACAGGAGGAUGGGUCCCUUUUCAGGUCUGGAGAUGGAAUCACUGUUGCUAUAGUAGGCCUUUUUAUGAGACUAACCUGGCCUCUCCACUAAAGGAUGUGUGACUUUCUGGGGACAGAAGAGUACAAUCCCUGACAUCACACACUGCAGAGAUGGAUAACCAAGGAGUAAUCUACUCAGACCUGAAUCUGCCCCCAAACCCAAAGAGGCAGCAACGAAAACCUAAAGGCAAUAAAAGCUCCAUUUUAGCAACUGAACAGGAAAUAACCUAUGCGGAAUUAAACCUUCAAAAAGCUUCUCAGGAUUUUCAAGGGAAUGACAAAACCUAUCACUGCAAAGAUUUACCAUCAGCUCCAGAGAAGCUCAUUGUUGGGAUCCUGGGAAUUAUCUGUCUUAUCUUAAUGGCCUCUGUGGUAACGAUAGUUGUUAUUCCCUCUACAUUAAUACGGAGGCACAACAAUUCUUCCCUGAAUACAAGAACUCAGAAAGCACGUCAUUGUGGCCAUUGUCCUGAGGAGUGGAUUACAUAUUCCAACAGUUGUUACUACAUUGGUAAGGAAAGAAGAACUUGGGAAGAGAGUUUGUUGGCCUGUACUUCAAAGAACUCCGGUCUGCUUUCUAUAGAUAAUGAAGAAGAAAUGAAAUUUCUGUCCAUCAUUUCACCAUCCUCAUGGAUUGGUGUGUUUCGUAACAGCAGUCAUCAUCCAUGGGUGACAAUAAAUGGUUUGGCUUUCAAACAUGAGAUAAAAGACUCAGAUAAUGCUGAACUUAACUGUGCAGUGCUACAAGUAAAUGGACUUAAAUCAGCCCAGUGUGGAUCUUCAAUAAUAUAUCAUUGUAAGCGUAAGCUUUAGAGGUAAAGCGUUUGCAUUUGCAGUGCAUCAGAUAAAUUUUAUAUUUCUUAAAAUAGAAAUAUAUUAUGAUUGCAUAAAUCUUCAAAUGAAUUAUGUUAUUUGCUCUAAUAAGAAAAUUCUAAAUCAAUUAUUGAAAUAGGAUACACACAAUUACUAAAGUACAGACAUCCUAGCAUUUGUGUCGGGCUCAUUUUGCUCAACAUGAUAUUUGUGGUUUUCAGCCUUUCUAAAAGUUGCAUGUUAUGUGAGUCAGCUUAUAGGAAGUACCAAGAACAGUCAAACCCAUGGAGACAGAAAGUAGAAUAGUGGUUGCCAAUGUCUGAGGGAGGUUGAAAUAGGAGAUGACCACUAAUUGAUAGAACGUUACUUUGUGUCGUGAUGAAAACUUUCUAAAUUUCAGUAGUGGUGAUGGUUGUAACUCUGUGAAUAUACUAAACAUCACUGAUUUUUAAUCAUUUUAAGUGCAUGAAAUGUAUGCUUUGUACACGACACUUCAAUAAAGCUAUCCAGAAAAAAAAAAAAAGGCCUCUCCUGGGAUUAUUUGUGACUGCAUUUAUUCUCUAAAGUAAUUUUUAAAGAUUAGCUUCUUUAUAAUAUUGACUUUUCUAAUCAAUAUAAAGUGUUUCCUUCAAUGUACUGUGUUAUCUUUAAUUUCUCUCUAUUGUAUUUUGUAUUUUGGGGGAUUGAAGUCAUACAGAAAUGUAGGUAUUUUACAUUUAUGCUUUUGUAAAUGGCAUCCUGAUUCUAAAAUUCCCUUUAGUAAUUUUUGUUGUUAUAAAUAGAAAUACAACUGAUGUCUGCAUUUUGAUUUUAUAUCUACUUAUUCCACUGAUUUUAUAUAUUUAAAUCUAUUAUGUCAACUAUUGAUUUAUUUCUGGGUGUUCUAUAUAAAGAGCAAUUUUAUCUGCAAAUGAUCACACUUUUAUUUUUUUAAUCUAUAUGCUAUAACUUAGUUUUAUUUUCAUUUAUUUUCACUGGCUAGGGUUUUAUACCCAUAGUUGAAUAGAAGGUACAAUCAAAGUUCUGUGUGUAUCAUAUGUAUCGUUUUCUGAUUUUGGCAAAAAAUACUUAAACAUGUUAUUCAUAUUUACAAAGCUUGGUGUUGUUUUCAUCCUAUCUUUCUCAUAUCGAAGCAGUUUUAUAAUAUUCCUAUUUUCUAAUAGACUUUAUCCAUUGUAACAUUUUUAUUAAUUUGUAGCAGUUGGAAUGAUAUAUAUUGUGUUUAUAUAACAUUUUAUAAGCUACUUUUAUUUUUUCAAAUGUUAAACCAGCCUUUGUUUCUGAAAUAAAUCCAUGGUGAUCAUUGUAUAUUUCCCUCAUAAAAUAUCAGUGCUGGCCGGGUGUGGUGGCUGACGUCUGUAAUCCCAGCACUUUGGGAGACUGAGGCCGGUGGAUCAGGAGGUCAAGAGAUUGAGACCAUCCUAGCCAACGUGCUGAAACCCCAUCUGUACUAAAAAUACAAAAAUUAGCUGGGCGUGGUGGUGCGCACCUGUAGUCCCAGCUACUCGAGAGGCUGAGGCAGGAGAAUCACUUCAAACCAGGGGUCGGAGGUUGCAGUGAGCCGAGAGUGCAUCACUGCACUCCAACCUGGCGACAGAGGGCGACUCUGUCUCAAAAAAAAAAAAAAAAAAAAAAAUUAGUGCAUAUAUAUUUUAUGUAGGGUAAGAUUUGUUUCUUCAUCCACAUUCACAAGGAUAUUUGACCAUGUUUUUAUUCAUAGCUAUAUACUUGAAAGGUUUUUAUAUCAAGGCUAUCUUGGGAAGAAUUUCUCUUUUUCUAUAACCUAGAAGCAUUUAUUGAGCGUACUGCUUUAUUUUUAAAUGUUAUAAUUCACUAGUAAUGCCAUCUGAGUUUGUAGACUAUUUUUCUAGGAAAGUUUAUGUCUAAACUGAAUUUCUUUAAAACAUGUAGGAUAUACUCGGAUUUCUAUUUGAUGCACUGCGUUUGGUAAUGAGUAUGUAUGAAUUUUCUAUUUCAUAUAGACAUUAAAAUGUAAUGAAAAUACAGUUUUAUUGCCACUAAAUAACUGUAAAGACCAUAGUGGUAUUGCCAUGUUUAAUCUAGAAAUAGGCCAGUUGUGGUGGCUCAAGCCUAUAAUCCCAGCACUUUGGGAGGCAUCAUUGUGCCUGGCCCUUAUCAAUUUUUUAAAAUGUUAAAUUUAUUAUUUUUGUGGAUACAUUAGUAGAUGUAUAUUUUUAGUAGUCUUUCAUCAAAUUUUAAAAGCAUUUUCAAUGAAAAUACCUUUGGCCUUGUUGUUCUCUCUAUUGUGAUAUUAUUCUUUAUCGUGAUUUUUUACUGUUUAUUCAUUAUUUUCUUAUACACCACUUGUAUUUAGUUUUAGCUUUUCUAUUUUUAAUUUAUUUUAGUGCAUUCAAUGGUUAUUUAAUUUUUAGGUCAUCUUUUGUAAUAUAUGUACAUUGAGGGCAAUCAGUUUUUACAAGAGAGAUUUUCAUUCUAUUUUCCUUAUAAUUCAUAUAAAAAUUGUGACCAUUCAUUUUGAUAAUUUAUUUCACCCAUAUGUUAUUUAGAUAUGUAUUACUGAAUUUAAAACCAUUGAGGUUGUCAGAUUUUUUUAUUGACUUCUAUUGUAGGUAAACUGUAGUUAGAACAUUUUCUAUGAAGCUGGAAAUAUUCUUCAUCUUUGUAUGCAAAGAUGUGGCUAGUGUACUGAGAAACUGGUUUUACAUGUUAUUUAUUUGGUAUUAAUUAAUGUUGAAUUAGAAUAGCUAUUUUUUAACUAUCCACUGGCCAAGCUUGGCUGGUGGUACUACACUGAAAUCAUAGUCCUAUAUUUUUUACUAAUAUGCUUAGAAUUAUGAGAUUACAGUGUAUUUGGGAAAAAUAUGUGAAAUUAAAUAUGUGAAUAUUCUACAUGUGUGUGAGUGUGUGCAUAUGAGUGAUAACUACGUGUCUAGUUCAGAUCUUUCUAUCGGCUCUCUGGCCUGUUUGUGUGUUAAGCACUGAGAGAAAAGGGUUUAAAAUCCCAUUUACGAUUGUUACUUAUUCACUUUAAUCCAUUAUAUGUUGAACUUGUCGCAUUAGGUACAUGCAAUGAUAAAAAUGUAUAUUACUAGUGGUUUGGAAAAUUAAUCUUACAUUAUGAAGCAUGCUUCCUCAAUUCCAGUAAAGGGUUUGCCUUAUAUUAAGACGGCACUAUUACAACCGUAAUAGUGUUCUACCAGUUUGUGAGGCAUGGUAUAUGUUGUUAAAUAUUUUAUCUUCAUCUUUCCUUGUUUAAAUAUUUUAAUUUUAAUUUCAGUGCAUACAUAGUAGGUAUAUAUGUUCAUGGGGUUCAUGAGCUGUUUUGAGGGAGACAUGCAGUGCAUAAUAAUGACAUCAUUUAAAAAGGGUGUUUCCAUCUCCCUAAGGAUUUAUUCUUUUGUUACAAACAAUCCAGUUAUACUCUUUAGUUAUUUUAAAAAGUACAAUUAAAUUAUUAUUGACUGUAGUGACCCUGUUGUGCUAUCAAACACUAGGUCUUAUUCAUCCUUUCUAUUUUUUGUAUCCACGAAUUAACCAUUUUCACCUCCCUACUACUAACCUUCCACUAUCCUUCUCAAUCUCUGGUAACCAUCCUUCUACUCUCUCUCUCCAUGAGUUCAACUGUUGUGAUUUUUAAAUCCCACAGCUAAGUGAGGGCAUGUGAUGAUUGUCUUCCUGUGACUGGCUUAUUUUAUUUAACAUAAUGACCCCUGGUUCCAUUCAUGUUGUAGCAAAUGACAGGGUCUCAUUCUUUUUAUGGCUGAAUAUUACUCCAUUGUUUAUAUACACACAUGUUAUUUGUCCAUUCAUCUGUUGAUGGACACUUAGGUAGCUUCCAGAUCAUAGCUAUUGUGAAGAGUGCUGCAACAAACAUGGGAGUACAGCUAUCUCUUAGAUAAACUGAUUUUCUUGCUUUUGGGUAUAUACCUGGGAGUGGGAUUGCUGGAUCAUAUGGUAGCUCUACAUUUAUAUUCAUUUUUCUUUAUGCUUACAUGCAAGGAAUGUCUCAUAAAGACAACAGUUAUUACUGAAUAUAUACAUUCUUUGCUUUUAAAUUCAAAUUACUCUAUACUUAAUAUAAUUAUCAAUUUCUAAAAUAUAAUCCUUAUGUAUUUUAUUUGUAUGGAAAUAUAUAAGCACUGGUAUUAAUUAUAACUUAAUUUUUAUUACAUUCUGAUUGAACACUACCAAGUGUUUAAACUCUGUUGUUCUCUUAUGUUUUCAUAAUAAAUAUUUUCAUUGUUUACUUUCCACAUACAAACUUGUUAAUUUAAUACAAUUUACAACACACCUGCUGGCACUUUGAUCUUGGACCUCCCUGCUGUCUGAACUGUGAGUAAUAUAUCUGUAUGGUUAAUAGAUUGCCUAGUUUGUGAUAUUUUAUUAUAGCAGUACAAACAAUGUAAGAUUACUCUCUAUUUUAUUUACCAGUUAGCCUGUAUGUGCUCCCCAAAUUCUAAUACAAAUAUUUAUUUCAAUGUUGGAAACUUUGUCAUUAAUACACUAUCUAUUCAAUAUCCAAUUAGGCAUAUCCACAUAAUUCCUUUACUUUAAGUCUUCUUUUUGAAUAUCCAAGUUUUCAUUGCGAAGGUGUGCUUAAUCUAUUGAAGAUAUUUGAAUUUUAUUUUCUUUAGAGUUAGUAAUAACUAAUUCACUCCAAUUUCUUAAACUCCUUGAAAAUUAUUUCAUUUCAUGUUACAUUAAAAGUAUAUUUUCACUUCUUAUUGACUUCCAACUUAGCCAUAACCCAUAGGAAACCAGAUAUUGCCAUUAUUUGCAAUAGUCACAGUAAUUCAUAUAUAGGUUCGGUGUUAGGGUUCUCCAGAUGGACAGAACUAAUAGGAUACGUGUAUAUAUGAAAGGGAGUUUAUUAGGGAGAAUUGGCUCACACGAUCACAAGGCAAAGUCCCACAAUAGGCCAUCUGCAAGCUGGGGAAGAAAGAAGCCAGUAGUGGCUCAGUCCGAGUCAAAAGCCUCAGAAGCAGAGAAGCCAAAAGGGCAGCCUUCAGUCUGUGGCCGAAGGCCCAGGAGCCCCUGUAAAACCACUGGUGUAAGUACAAGAGUCCAAAGGCUGAAGAACCUGGAGUCUGAUGUCCAAGGGCAGGAGGAACGAAGGAAGCAUCCAGCACGGGAGAAAAAUGAAAGCCGAACACUCAGCAAGCCAGCUUACCCCACCUUCUUCUAGCUGCUUUGUUCUACUCGCUCUGGCAGCCAUUGGAUGGUGCCCACCCACACCGAGGAUGGGUCUUCUUCGCCCAGUCCACUGAGUCAAAUGUCAAUCUCCUCUGGCAACACCGUCACAGACACAGCCAGAAGCAACACUUUACCAGCUAUCUAGGCAUCCUUCAAUCCAAUCCGGUUGACACCUAAUAUUAAUCAUCGUAAGUUCUGUGUGUGUGUGUAUUUACGUCACAUAAACAUAUAUAUAUAUAUACACACACAUCAUAUAGAGUAAAUUCUAACUACAGUUAUCUUGUGUAAUUUUUGUUUUGUUUUUAUAUAUUUAUUUUGCCUUUGUAUAAGCAUAAACUUCAUUCACAGUAAAUGCUCAAACAGUAGAAAUCUGUAUUAUUUCGAUUAACAAAGGACAUGAUAUACAGUCACGUGCCACAAAAUGAUGUUUUGGUCAAUGACUGACUGCACAUAGAUAGUGGUCCCACUAGAUUAUAACGGAGCUGAAAAAUUCCUAUGAAUUAGUGACGUCAUAGCAAUAGUUGCAGAACAGUGUAUUAUUCACAUGUCUGUGGUGAUGCUGGUGUAAAUUACCUUGCUGCCAGUGGAAUAAAAGUAUAGCACAAUUACAUACACUACAUAAUAUUUGAUAAUGAUAAUAAAUGACAGGUUAUCGGUUUAUGUAUUUACUGUAGUAUACUUUUAAUUAUUAUUUUAGAGUGUACUCCUUCUACUUCUAUAAAAACAGUUACCUGAAAAACAACCUUGGGCAGGUCUCUCAGGAGGAAUUCCAGAAGAAGGCACUGUUACCAUAGGAGAGGACCGCUGCACAUGUGUUAUUGCCUGAACCUUCCAGUGGGACAAGAUGUGGAGGGGAUGACAGUGAGAUUGAUCUUGCUGACACUGUGUAGGCUUAGGCUAAUGUAUGCGUUUCUGUCUUUGUUUUUAAAAAAAGUUUAAAAAGAAAAAAAUUAAAAUGAAAUAUAGAAAAAAGCUCAUAGAAAAAGAAUAUAGUUGUUAAGACUGUGCAAUUUGUGUUUUUAAAUAAAGUGUAUUUAAAAAGAGGCAGAAGAUUUUUAAAAUAUGAAAAAUUUAGAAACCAACAAAGAUGCAGUAAAGUUAAUUUAUUAUUAGCUAAAGAAAAAAAGUGCUGCAUAAAUAUAGUGUACCCUAGUGUACAGUCUAUAAAUUCUACAGUAGUGUGCUGUAAUAUCCUAGGCCUUGACUUUCACUUGCUACUUACUCACUGACUCACCCAGGGAAAAUUCCAUUUCUGCAGUCUUCAUUCGUAGUAAGUGCCCUAUAAAAGGAUGCCAUUUUAACCUUUUUUAAAGCAUAUUUUCCUGUUUUUUUGUUUAUAUAUAAUUAGACAAACAAAAAUUACCAUUCUGGUCACUGCUUACAUUAUUCACAACAGUAACAUGUUGUACAGGUUUGUAUCCUUGGAGCAAUAGGCUAUCCCAUAUAACAUAAGAGUGUAGUAGCUGUACCAUCUAGGUUUGUGUAAAUAAACUCUCUGAUGUUGACACAGGGAUGAAAUUGCCUAAAGACAUAUUCCUCAGAAGUAUCCCUGUCAUUAUGCAAACAAUAACGGUAUAACACUAUUUAAUGGAAAACACCAAGUGGAUGUUUGUAGCAAUAGUAGACAUCAGCGCUUCAAACUUAAAUAGAAAACAUCAGUGAAUGAUACAUUAUGUGGCAUCUUUAGUGAAUGAUUUUAUUGUUUUAAUUCCAUAAUGUGACUAAUAGAAAAAUUAACCUAGUUUAUGAAAAUGCAAUAAAAUAUAAAUAUAAAUAAGUUUACUUGUUAUUGAAAUAGAUACAAUGUGAACACAAGCAUAUAUGCAUAUGACAUUAUUAAUUAAUUUUGUGAAAAUAUAUUACAAUAUAUUUUACAGAAAAACAUAUAUACCUAGCCACCAUUAGCCAUUCUGAUGGAAGGGCAAAUAAUAAUUCUCAUUGCAAAGAAAUAAAUAUGGAUUUAAAUUCCAACUUUUUAGAUUUCAGAGGAUAGCCAGGCACGGUGGCUCAUGCCUGUAAUCCCAGCACUUUGGAAGGCCGAGGCAGACGGAUAAUGAGGUCAGGAGAUCGACACCAUCCUGGCUAACACGGUGAAACCUCGUCUCUACUAAAAAUACAAAAAAGAUUAGCUGGGCGUGGUGGCACACCCCUGUAAUCGCAGCUACUCAGGAGGCUGAGGCAGGAGAAUCGCUUGAGCCCAGGAGGCAGAGGUUGCAGUGAGCCGAGAUGGCACCACUGCACUCCAGCCUGGGCAAUAGAAUUAUGCAUAAACAUUCCCCCUUUUCUUGAUAGAAAAUAAAUGAUGAAAAGAUUUUUAUUUAAUACAACUAGAUAAUUUAUAGUUUUUUCCCUGAUGUUCAUAUACCACUUAUUUUUUUAAAAAUUUUGUUUAUUUGUUUUUGAGACAAGGUCUGGCUCUGUUGCCCAGGCUACAGUGCAGUGACACUAACAGUUCACUGCAGCCUUGACCCCCAGGGCUCAAGCGAUCCUCUCACCUCAGCCUCCAGAGCAGAUGGGACUACAAGCAAACACCAGCAUCCUCGGCUAAUUUUUAUAUAUAAAUAUAUAUAUAUAUAUUUUUAAGAGAUGGGGUUUCAUCCUGUGUAUCAUGCUAACCUCAAACUCCUGAGCUCAAGUGAUCCUGGAGUGCUGGGAUUACUGACAUGAGCUACCACGCCCGGACAUUCAUGUAUCAUUUUACUUGUGUUUUAAAAAAUCUCCAUUUUCUGGCCUCCCCAUUUUUAAGUAGGUGAUGUUUUAAAAAUUGCUUUAACCUCCCUUCAUAGUUUAACUUAGGCUUUAAUCAUUUACAACAAAUAUUUCUAUUAAAAUGCAGACAAUAAGUCAUGAUCAGAGAAGGAAUGGGUGAACAAUAUAGUAGGUAGUUUUUUUAUUAUUUCAGUCUCUGGCAUAGAGAUAUAGCUCAGUAUUGUUUAAUAUUUUAUUCUUUCAAGAGACAUUUAUUUUAAUCAGAGGAAUCUGGUUAACUUACAUAAAGAAGAAAAAUGAAUAAGGGAAUUUUAAGAACUAAGGCAAAGAAAGCAAGAAGAUAAGUUUGAGAAUUCAUGUCAGUUACAAUUAAGUUGAAAAUGCAGCAUUUUCUCAAAAUAGUGACAAAUACAUUAAAUUCCUAUUGAUAAAAUCAUUAUUUAAAUUUUGUUAUUAUGAUAGCAGUGAUAUUAUAGGGGUAUAUGAUAAAGAAGUAUAUAAUGUCAAGUUUCAGCCACCUUGUCUAAAUGUAGAAAGCAACCACCUAAGAUCCUUUUGAAAAGUUACAAAACUUUGGUGUUUGUAACUGAGAUGGAAACAAUUACCAGCAUGGAUCAAAUCUCUGCUCUCCCCCCAUCUUGUUGACUAUAAAAAUAAUUUCUAAGAGGCACUUGAAAAUGGACAAACUAAAUGACACACUAGCCACCCAAAGUCUCCUAUAUUCUAAAGUGUGUGAUGAGCUAAACUAAUUCAAAAUAGCCCUAGGCUGAGAAUUUCCUGUUCAAAUCUGCAGUGACACAUUGGUGAGGAAUCUACUUUUUCCACUCUUGCCUCACUCUGACCCUUCAAAGGGCAGUCUGUGAAGAUCACAGAUAACGUUUGUGUCUUUCAGAGGUAACCUGACCUCUCCACUGAAGGGCAUGUGGCUUUCUGAUGACAGUAGGUUUACUGCCACCUCCAGAGAAGCUCACUGCUAAGUCCUGGAGCAGAACAAUUCUUCCCCAAAUACAAGAACCCAGAAAGAGACGGGGUUUCAUCAUGUUGACCAGG